UUUUUUGUCUCCUUAUUCCAUUUCCCACCAUUUUUAUACUCUUUCUUGACCAGCGGCUACAUAGAUGAUCAAAAACUAUUAUGCAGUUAGAGUUGGCCGCAUUCCUGGCGUGUAUUCGGACCACGUGGCUGCGCUUAGCCAAGUUUUCCAGUUCCCUCACGGACAAAUGAAGGGCUUCAUGUAUCUGAAGGAUGCCGAAGCCUUCGCUGGGAUCGGUGCUAGAAGCUAUUUUCCACCCAACCAGCUGUUUAUUCCUGCCUGGACGGAGGCCGGGAGCUAUCUGCCGAUUUAUGUCUAUGGCGUAUGUCUCGACCACGGAGGCAAUAACCCGCAAGGUGGAUGUGGUGCAUACUUUGGGUAUCAAGACUCCCGCAACACACAAGGAAUCAUAAGCAACCAGCGCCAGACGAGCCAACGCGCGGACCUGUGGGCUAUCUACUUGGCGAUCAAAGUUGUAAACGAGGAACCAGUUCCAGCGAAUGCACGUAGACGCCCCUUAGUCAUCUAUACCAAGUCGGAAUACGCAGUCUAUUGCCUGGAAACAGGCUACGGCGAAUGGAUCCAAAACGGUUGGAGGAACUCUGAAGGGAGUCCAGUCGCAAACCAGGAUGUGAUUGAAGCCAUCAUGGCCAAAAUCAGAAAGAGCGGGCUGCUGGUUUCUCUGCGACACGUAUACAAAGAGUCUUUCAACGAAUGCCUUAUCGCUGCCAGGACUCUUGCUGUAAAAGUUGCUGAAGAUACCCGGAAAAGGCGCGAAGAGCAGGAAGUGACCAAAGUAUAUCAUGUUGGUCAUUGCCGCGCGGUUUAUUAUGACGAGUAGCCCCACUACGCACGUCGUUGACAAUAACUUUUGUUUAUCCUUUUUGCGUGGUUCAAUAAGCACUCCAUACCAUUGCC